CCUCACUGGAGCAGUACCACUUUACGACGCUCGUGAUUUUUUUCACUUAUCAGUACCCUACUCUGCGGAACAGUACUAAUAAUUAGCAGUAUUUUUUUUUUGUGCAAUAUCGCGCCGGCAGUGUUUUGAUUAGUUUAAUUUGAGUGCAUUUUUUUUUUGAUAAUGUGGAUGUUUAACAAACAAGACUGAUUUUGGAUUGCAGUUUUUUAACAUUUAAUAUUAUUAAAAUGACGGGCCAGCGUAGUAAUGGUGUUAAUAGUGUUGAAAUGAAGGAUAUUGAAUUAAAUGAGAAACAAGUAAAACAAACUGAACACAACAGCUCCUCGUCGUUCUAUUGCGAAGAUGGCAAAGACGUCGAUACUUAUUUCGCAACCGACAAAAUCCAAAUUCCAGAAACAGAAAAGACCGGAUUCAGCUUUAGGAAACUGUGGGCAUUCACCGGGCCAGGUUUCCUUAUGUCCAUAGCUUACUUGGAUCCAGGAAAUAUAGAAAGUGAUUUACAGUCCGGAGCCAUAGGAAGAUACAGAUUAUUAUGGGUAUUGUUCGCCUCUACAAUUUUAGGAUUUGUUAUGCAGAGUCUCGCUACUAAAUUAGGUGUAGUAACAGGUUUACAUUUAGCCGAAAUGUGCCACAGACAAUACAAGAAAAUACCAAGACUGAUAUUAUGGAUAAUGAUAGAAAUCGCCGUCAUAGGAUCUGAUAUGCAAGAAGUCAUAGGAACAUCGAUAGCCAUUUACAUGCUCUCCAAUAAAGUAAUACCUCUAUGGGGUGGUUGUCUAAUAACAAUAGUAGACACAUUUACAUUUUUAUUCCUGGACAAAUACGGUCUGAGAAAACUGGAAAUGUUUUUUGCCUUACUCAUAGCAGUUAUGGGUGUUACUUUUGGAUAUGAAUAUGUGAUUUCUGGGCCUGACCCAAAAGACGUUACCAAAGGAUUAUUUUAUCCAUGGUGUGACCAGUGUGAUUCUUCAGUUCUCCUUCAGGCAGUAGGUGUAGUAGGGGCUGUAAUAAUGCCUCACAAUCUCUACUUACACUCGGCUCUAGUAAAGUCGAGAAAUAUCAACAGGCAAGACCCUAAGAAAAUUAACGAAGCGAAACUUUAUUAUUCGAUUGAAAGUGCUAUUGCUCUUUUAUGCAGUUUGAUUAUUAAUAUUUUCGUUGUGUCUGUGUUUGCUUUUGGAAUGUUUGGUACCACCAACAACGAAUUGUUGGAUAAUUGUAGCAACAAUACGCACAUGUAUGCAAUUGCGAAAGAUACAUUCGAGGCAAACGAUGACAUCGUAGAUGCGGAUAUUUAUAAGGGCGGAGUGUUUUUGGGCUGCACUUACGGUACAGCGGCCAUGAUUAUUUGGGCUGUAGGUAUAUUGGCUGCUGGACAAAGUUCCACCAUGACAGGAACUUAUGCUGGACAGUUCGCUAUGGAAGGUUUCUUGAAUCUUCAAUGGCCCAAAUGGAAACGAGUACUUUUCACUAGAAGCAUUGCCAUGGUACCAACAUUUUUUAUAGCCUUCUACAGUUCUCUCAAUGAACUCACUAGCCUAAAUGACUAUUUGAAUGCUGUGAUGAGUCUACAGUUGCCUUUUGCUCUACUGCCAACUAUCGCCUUCACAAGUAAUCCGAGAAUUAUGGGGAAAUUCGUAAAUGGACUAGGCUACAAAAUAACUUCGGUCCUUCUCACCAUCGUCAUUGUAACAAUCAACAUUUUCUUCGUUGUUAAUACCAUUCAGGAGUCGGAUUUCAGUAAUGGAAUUUUGGCUGUAAUAUUUGUACUGGCUGUGGGCUAUUUUAUUUUAGUAAUUUACACAAUGGUACAUAUGAUUGUAAGUUUUACGAAAGACAAUUGCGAAAAUGUUCAUUGGGUAAGGAAAUACUUUACUAUGCCUUUGAACGAAAAAAAUAGGCAUUAUGUCAAAUAGUGCCGGAAUCGACAGUCUACACAAUGAAUGAUAACAUUGUGUGAGUUGUAGUAUUUUUAAUAAAUUCAAUGAUUAUGAUAAAAAUAUUUUAAAAUUUAUGAAACCAGUUAUUGGCAGCUGUUUUGCCUUAUAGUACGAAUAAUGGACCAUUCUUGGUCCGAAACAACAUUUCUAGUCCAUAUUGAAAUUUUAUGAUUAGGAAUUUUUAUAUUUGUAUAUUUGUAAAUAUUAUUUUAAUAAAUUAUUAAUUAAUA